UCCAACUCGUCAGGUCGGCAAUACCGAGGCUGGAAGAAGCACUUCCAGCAUUGCCGCGAGCAGGAGAGUGCGAUGCAUCACAGUUUCUGACAGUUGUCACGGCAUGUAGAAACUACAGAUGCAGUCACCAUCCUGACGCAACGCACCUAAUUUAAUAUUUCUCUCGUGGUGAUCCCUCCAGGCAUCCUGACCGGGUAUCUUGACAAGGUAUCCAUCUUGACUGCUUUGUACCGUAGCGGGAACAGUUUCUGAAGACUGUCACGAGCUCCUAGUCCCACUUAUUAUCGCUUGGUUCCCAGACGCUGCUGGUAACAUUGUAACUUAUUGCUAUUUCGGCAUUGCGACGGUCAUAAGAGCUUCAGGCCGGCAUGGAGUCGGUCCUCGCGCUUCCGCGUGUCGUAACGGUGCAGCCGCCAAGCCGAGGCCUUGCUUCCGUGAACUCGCAUCGCCGGCGACCAUUCGCACACAGUGUCGCACACGAUGUCGCACACAAUCUCGAGAAUGUCGCCACGUUAGCUCCAGCGUCGUCCACGAAAUGGAUGAUCAGGCGUUCGCCGCUAGAAAGAAGGUCGUUCUCCCGGUUUAUUUCAUCAUCUUGGAGUCGCCAGCGAAGCGUCAUGGCUCCUCGCGCAUUCUCGGACAGUCCUAAGGAGCAGCAGGCAUCCAACGACAGCAUGAGCCACCCCACUCCAUCGCACUCCACCGCACUCCACACAUCAGAAUUUACCCCACUCAACGCCAAGCCUACCACCAGCAGCAGUGUGCCUCGCGCCAUUCUUCUCCCUCUGCUCGCGGCGGCCAUAGCUGCGGCCACCUUCUUCUCCUCCCUCUCCUGGCGCCUCGGUCUCGGUGCUCCCUUCCCUGCUCUGCUGCGCCCCCCCCCUGCCGCUGCUGCCAACAGCCAGAUCGUGCUGGCCCCACCCCCCCCCGGCACAGCGAGUCCCGCGGCCUUCAAGUCGGCCCAGCAGCGCGUGGGCAUCACGGACAGGGCGCUCUACGCCAUCGACCUCUUCCUCACCACAGAGCCCUCUGGGAAGCUCGUGCUGCUCUCAGUCCUCUGGGUGGCGCUCAUGCUCGUGGGCGCCUUUGCCUUCAUCGCAGCGGCCAGGGCGACCAAUGAGGACGUGCCAUUUGGCGAGGCUGUGUGGGUCUCCUGGACCAUGCUCUCAGACCCGGGCCAGCAGGGCGCGCAGGACUCCAUAUGGAAGCGCAUCCUCUCAGUGGUGCUCACCAUAAAAGGCCUGCUGCUGCUAGCGUUACUAGUGGGUGUGGCAACAGACGGCGUGGCGAAGCAAGUGGACGACCUGAACAAGGGCAAGGGGCGGGUCAUGGAGCGAGGCCACGUGCUGGUGGUGGGGUGGACGCCGCACACCAUCCCUCUGGUGCAGCAGCUGGUGGGCGCCGAUGGCAGCCGCGCCGUGGUGGUGCUGGCGGGCGGGCAGGGCAAGGAGGAGAUGGACAGGGCGCUGCUGGACGCCAUUCCCAAGAGCGAGAGGCAGCAGGCCGGCGGCGGGCAGAUUGUGACGCGCACCGGCUCGCCCUUCCACUCGGAGGACUUGGCACGCUGUGCUGCGGAUGCUGCUCGCUCCAUUGUGCUGCUCUCCCCGCCUGUCUCUGACCCCUCUCAAGCCGAUGCAUUUGUGAUCCAAGCCAGCCUCGCCCUUGCCAACCGUGCUGACAUCAGCGCUGACAUCAUUGCAGAGUUGUCGUCCCUCUCCAACGUGCGGCUGCUGCAGCGCCUGCACCGCACCCUCCUCGCCCCACCCACCAACGCUCAAGCACCCCCUUCUACCAGUGGCCGCAGCAGCAGCAGCAGCAGGCAGCGGCCGGGGCGCAUGAGGCGGCUGGUGCCGGUGGCUGCAGAAAGUCUGUCGCUGCGCACGCUGCUGUCUGCUGCUGUGCACCGCGGCACUGCUGAUGUCACGGCUGAUCUGCUAGACUUUGAAAAUGACGAGUUUUACUUCAAAGAAUGGCCUGAGCUAGUGGGGCGCACCUUUGGUGAUGCGCUCUUUCUCUUUGACGCUGCCAUCCCCUGCGGCCUCAUGAAACCACCCAAGCAGCAACCAGCACCCGAUGCAGCUUCUGCUGCUGCAGAUGGUGCUAGUAUCAUGGGCGAGGUGCUUGUCAACCCGCCCAGCUGGACGCUCAUAGAGCCCGGGGACAAGCUCUUGGUGAUAGCAGCGGACCGCAACAGCUACCGACCAGGCCCUAGUCGCCUGCCCCCUCCCCCACCUCAACUGUCCGCGGUCAACGGCCAAACAGCCAAUCAGAAGUCGUCGCGUGGCAGCAGCAGCAGCAGUGUGGGUGGCAAGCAGCACGUGCUUAUAUGCGGAUGGCGGCCCGAAGCGAAGCAGCUGGUGGAACUGCUGCCCUCGAUAUUGGCACAAGGUAGCGAGGUGACAGUGGUGGCCCCGCACAUCACCCCAGCAGAAGAGGUGGCGCUGGGGAACAUUCGCAGGCAACGAAAACUGCCCAUCCGGAUCAAGCGCGGCAGUCCAGCUUCUAGAGAGGUUCUUGAGUCGCUACCCCUGGAAACAGUCGACUCGGUGAUUCUGUUGCAGUCAACGCAAGUCAACGGGGGGGAGGAGGGGGAGGAUGGGGAGGGGGAGGAUGCGGAUGCGGGGAUGGUGGACAGCUCACAGGCUACCAUGACUGCUCUGCUUAUCAGAAGCAUUCAGACAGCCCGAGGGUGCACAAGAGAGGCUGCCAUUGUCGCAGAAGUACCGGCGAGUGAGAGGGACGUGGCCCGGCAGUUGGAGAGACAUGCGCUGGAUGGCGCUGUGUGCCCGCCGCACCUGGAGGCACAAGUGCUGGCCCAAAUCACACAUGACCCAGAUGUGGGCACAGUAUUGGACGAGAUCAUCGGGUCGGAGAAGAACCGCAUGGCAGUGCGGCGCGCAGAUGAGUUCAUCGGGGACAACGAGCCGGGCAUCUUCAGCUUCUGGGAGAUGCAGGCGCGGGUGCGGAUGAGUGAGGAGCUGGUGAUAGCGUAUCGGCACCGGGGGGACUGGCAGCUCAACCCCACUGACAAGGCCUGCCCUAUCCCCUGGGGGGCUGACGACCGCCUGCUCGUCAUCCGAGCCUCCCCUGCUGCCUUCCCCGGGCCUGUUCCUGUCAACACCGCCUGACGUGCUCCAUGCUUGGAGUCUAGUUUUGAGGCGGCCCAAAAUUAUACCGUACCGCACAACGUGCUUCUGCAUGCUUACCUGCCAGCUUGCUUACCAGCGUGCAUGCUUACCUGCCAGCAUGCUUACCAGCGUGCUUGCUUACCGUUGCAUAGCUGCUGCUGUUGUUGUAGCUUGGUUUGAUUUUAUACGUGCCUGCCAAUCCAAGCCUGCUGCAGUCAAUGCUGCUGCAUGAAGUGUUGAGAGAAAGCAGUGCACUGAGAAGCACUGCACUGCACUGCACUGCUGUUCCACUCCACUGACUCCAACACCCGCCAAGUCAACCAGAAUAGCAUGGUCACAACCACAGUAGAGCAUGGUGAGGCAUGCUGCUUGCCCCUGCAAUCACUUGCAUGCUGCCUGUGGCGUGCUUUCUUUCCCCAUCCGCACUUGCCAUGGCAUGCAAUGCCACGCGUUUGCACUCCUUCCUUGCACAUGCUGCCACAACUUAUUCCAUG